AUGAUCUUCAAUGAUGAAAUGAAGUAACUCAAGAUGAGCAAGUUAAAAGUGGCAUCAGAGAAAAGUCUUACCAAUAAUUCUCGGAUCGUGGGACUCCUGGCUCAGUUGGAGAAGAGCAAUACUGAAUCCACAGAAUCAGAUACUGCCAGAUAUGUUACAUCAAAAAUUCUUCAUCUGGCUCAAAGUCAAGAAAAAACCAGAAAAGAAAUGACCGCUAAAGGUUCUACAGGAAUGGAAGUUCUCUUAGCAACAUUAGAGAACACAAAAGAUCUUCAAACUACCCUGAAUAUCUUAAACAUUCUUGUUGAGCUGGUGUCAGCUGGUGGAGGUCGUAGAGCUAGUUUUUUAGUCGCCAAAGGUGGUUCACAAAUAUUGUUACAGUUACUGAUGAAUACCAGCAAAGAAUCUCCCCCAAAUGAAGAGUUAAUGGUACAGAUUCAUUCUAUUCUUUCCAAGAUUGGGCCCAAAGACAAAAAAUUUGGAGUGAAAGCUAGAAUUAAUGGGGCUCUGAAUAUAACUCUGAAUUUGGUCAAGCAGAAUCUGCAGAAUCAUCGCUUGGUUCUACCUUGUCUGCAGCUUUUGCGAGUAUAUUCUGCUAACUCUGUGAAUUCAGUAUCCUUAGGGAAAAAUGGAGUUGUGGAACUGAUGUUUAAAAUUAUUGGACCAUUUAGUAAGAAGAAUUCAGGUCUAAUGAAGGUUGCUUUAGACACUCUUGCUGCAUUGCUAAAAUCAAAAACUAAUGCCAGGAGAGCUGUAGACAGAGGAUAUGUCCAGGUGCUUUUAACAAUUUAUGUAGAUUGGCAUCGUCAUGAUAAUCGGCAUAGAAACAUGCUCAUUCGGAAAGGAAUCCUACAGAGUUUGAAAAGUGUUACAAACAUCAAGCUGGGGAGAAAAGCAUUUAUUGAUGCCAAUGGAAUGAAAAUUCUGUAUAACACUUCACAAGAAUGCUUGGCAGUCAGGACCCUUGAUCCCCUUGUCAACACUUCUAGUCUGAUAAUGAGGAAGUGUUUCCCUAAAAAUCGCCUGCCACUCCCAACAAUUAAAAGUUCAUUCCAUUUCCAGUUGCCAGUCAUUCCUGUGACUGGUCCUGUGGCCCAGCUCUACAGUUUACCCCCUGAAGUGGAUGAUGUAGUAGAUGAAAGUGAUGACAACGAUGAUGUAGAUUUAGAAGCUGAAAAUGAAACUGAAAAUGAAGAUGACUUAGAUCAAAAAUUUAAGAAUGAAGACAUUGAAACAGAUAUUAAUAAACUAAAACCCCAGCAAGAACCAGGACGAGCUCUAGAAGAACUAAAAAUGUAUGAACACCUUUUCCCUGAGCUUGUUGAUGAUUUUCAGGACUAUGAUUUAAUCUCCAAAGAACCAAAGCCUUUUGUAUUUGAAGGAAAAAUAUGUGGUCCUAUUGUUGUUCCUACAGCAGGAGAGGAACCAUCUGGGAAUUCAGGUGAUUUAAGAAAAGGCAUUGUAAUGAAGGAGAAUGUGUCUCCUACUGGAGGUGAAGAUGGUAAGAAGCCUACCUUUAUGAAUCUAGCAAAAGAAGAUAAUGACAGAAUAUUACAACAACAGUUGGAUGAUCAAGAUAGGACUAUCUCACCAGUCCAUGGAGUAAAUAAUGAUAUUGUGAAGGCCUUGGACCGAAUUACAUUACAGAAUAUUCCAUCUCAAGCAUCCCUAGGUGUUACUGCAGGGGGAGUGAAGAAGGACUACCAUCUUCCCCUUACCGUCCUUACGUGCACUAAAGCAUGUCCACACGUGGCUACUUGUGGAAAUGUUUUGUUUGAGGGAAGAACAGUUCAGCUAGGGAAGCUUUGCUGUACUGGAGUAGAAACUGAAGAGGAUGAAGAUACUGAGUCUAAUUCAUCAGUGGAACAAGCCUCCGUUGAUGUAACUGAUGGACCAACACUCCAUGACUCAGAUUUGUAUGUUGAGAUUGUGAAAAAUACAAAGUCUGUUCCAGAAUAUUCAGAGGUGGCUUAUCCUGAUUAUUUUGGUCAUGUUCCACCUCCAUUCAAAGAGCCUAUUUUAGAAAGGCCUUACGGUGUACAAAGGACAAAAAUUGCUCAGGAUAUUGAGAGACUGAUUCAUCAGAGUGACAUCAUAGACCGAGUGGUAUACGACUUAGAUAAACCAAAUUAUAUCAUUCCAGAAGAAGGAGAUAUUUUGAAGUUUAACUCCAAAUUUGAAUCUGGGAAUCUGCGCAAAGUAAUUCAAAUUAGAAAAAAUGAAUAUGAUCUCAUUCUGAACUCGGAUAUAAACAGCAAUCAUUAUCAUCAGUGGUUUUACUUUGAAGUCAGUGGAAUGAGACCAAGUGUGGCAUACAGGUUUAACAUCAUUAACUGUGAAAAAUCCAACAGUCAAUUUAAUUAUGGUAUGCAACCACUCAUGUAUUCUGUGCAGGAAGCAUUAAACUCCAGACCAUGGUGGAUUCGUGUAGGUACUGACAUUUGUUACUAUAAAAACCACUUCUCAAGAAGUUCAGUUGCUGCUGGAGGACAGAAAGGAAAAUCUUACUAUACAAUUACAUUCACUGUCAGUUUUCCACAUAAAGAUGAUGUUUGCUACUUUGCUUAUCACUAUCCUUAUACGUAUUCCACUUUGCAGAUGCAUCUUCAAAAACUGGAGUCAGCACACAAUCCUCAGCAAAUCUAUUUUCGAAAAGAUGUGUUGUGUGAAACCCUGUCUGGAAACAGCUGUCCCUUGGUGACUAUAACAGCAAUGCCAGAGUCAAAGUAUUUCGAACAUAUCUGUCAAUUCAGAAAUCGCCCUUACAUUUUCUUAUCUGCUCGGGUACAUCCUGGAGAAACCAAUGCAAGUUGGGUUAUGAAAGGAACAUUGGAGUAUCUCAUGAGUAAUAACCCUACUGCUCAGAGCUUACGUGAAUCCUAUAUUUUUAAAAUUGUCCCUAUGCUAAAUCCAGAUGGUGUCAUCAAUGGAAACCACCGUUGUUCUUUAAGUGGAGAAGAUUUGAACAGACAGUGGCAAAGUCCAAAUCCAGAUUUACACCCAACUAUUUACCAUGCAAAGGGGCUGCUGCAGUACCUGGCUGCAGUGAAGCGUUUACCCUUGGUUUAUUGUGAUUAUCAUGGCCACUCUCGAAAGAAAAAUGUAUUUAUGUAUGGCUGCAGCAUCAAAGAGACAGUGUGGCACACCAAUGAUAAUGCAACUUCGUGUGAUGUAGUGGAAGACACGGGAUACAGGACUUUGCCUAAGAUAUUGAGCCAUAUUGCCCCAGCAUUUUGUAUGAGCAGCUGUAGUUUUGUAGUUGAAAAAUCUAAAGAAUCAACAGCACGAGUUGUAGUCUGGAGGGAAAUAGGAGUGCAAAGAAGCUAUACCAUGGAAAGUACUUUGUGUGGCUGCGAUCAGGGAAAAUAUAAGGGUUUACAGAUUAGUACUCGAGAAUUGGAAGAGAUGGGAGCAAAAUUCUGUGUUGGUUUAUUGCGUUUGAAAAGACUGACAUCCCCAUUGGAAUAUAAUCUGCCUUCUAACCUUCUUGACUUUGAAAAUGACUUGAUUGAAUCAAGCUGCAAAGUAACUAGGAACGGUGAGGACGUGACCGGAUAAGAUGUCAUCCUCUCUGGGCACAUCCACACUGCUCUCUACGUUUCACAGCCUGUGGCCUGGUCUCCAUCACCUGUCUAGCCAUGGCUCUCCUGCCUCCAAUCCAUAGCCUGGUCCAUGCAAGUGUUUCUGGAUCUCAGGCAUGUUUAAUCCAUUAUAGUUUGGUUGUUACAAAACACAGUGUUUAUUUUUCUUCAUAAAAAGAUGCAAGCUGUGAGCCUCCAAAUGCUGGAAGAUCAGAAUAUUCCAUUUGUUUGUGGAGAGACAGACUGGAUGGCAGGAUUUCAAUCAGUCCCUGACGUGGAGCCUGGCACACCUAAAGAGUAAGAGGGAGAAGCAGAACACUGUUUUCUCUUCUUUCUGAGAAGCCUGAGAACUGUGCAACCCCAAUUAACUCAUGAGUCCCUGGAAGAUGUCCUAAUGGACAUGGUGCGGUAGUGAUGGUAACCAGAGCACUCUGUCAAGAACUACCCCCCUUUUCUGGGGACCAGGCAGAGCUGAGUGGCACACCCAGUGUUUCCAUUCAUGUUCUUUGCCUGAAAAGGAUGUGUCCUCUUUGUUCCCAGAUGGCAACGAUCAUUUUUUUCUUUCUUUUCUCUUAAGUACAAAGUAAUAAAUAAUUUUUUUUCAAAAAAGACACUAAAGGCAAAAAAGUAAAAACCCAAACAAUAGAAUUUCUCUCUGCCUAUAUUUACCAAGGAGUCUUGGUAAUGCAGUGGUUAAGUGCUAUAGGUUGGCUGUUCAAACACAUCAGCAGCUCUCUCUACAGGAGAAAAAUGUGACCCUCAGCUUCCAUACAAAUUGUUGGUAUUGUAGGUGCCAGUGAGUCAGUUCUAACCCAUAGUAAACCGGAGUACAGAAGAAUGGAGUACUGCACCACCCUGGCCCCGCUCCACCCUCCAGCAUGCACCCAUUGUUGGAGCACUGCAUCCAUCCACCUCACUGAGGAGCUUCCUCUUGACUUUGCUGACCGCCUGCCUCACCAAGCGUGAUGCCCUCCUCCAGGGACUAGUUCCUUAUGACGACAUGUCCAAAGUAGGUGAGACAAAAUCUAACCAGCCUCAAUUCUCAGAAGCAUUUUGGCUGUACUUCUUCCAAGACAAAUUUGUUCAUUCUGGCAGUCAAUGCGAUACCUAAUAUUUUUUGCCAACAGCAUAAUUUUCUUCUUUUGUCUCCCUUAUUCAUUGUCUAUCUUUCAUAUGAGGCCAUCAAAAAUACCUUGACUUAAAGAAGAAACACCUUUAUCUUAAAGUGACAUAUAUAUAUAUGCAUGUGCAUGUGUGUGUGUAUUAUAUAACACACAUU